AUGAAGGGGGAACCCACUCCAGAACUGGAUUGUUGCCACAAGACCAAGCCCUGGAGGAGUACAGGGAGCUCCCUGUCCCCCAGCCUGGACUUCCAGUCUUGCCAAGAGCACCAGGUCUUCCCAGCCUGCAGGCCACUUCCAGAUACAGUAGAUGUCCGUGGCCCAUCCAGUGUCAGUUGGCUGUGCCCUUUGCCAUGGGCACCAGCCAGAUCUGCCCUGCUGGCCUGCCCCCAGGGCUUGGACCUCUACCUAUGCUCCCUGCAGCUGGCACCCCAGGGUACAUCCCCACAGGGCCUCAGAGUGGACUCCUUGAGCAAGAAGCACCAGCCACCAGGGCCACAAGCCAGCUCCACCGAUGAAGAGAAACUCAUAGCCAAGUACCCUCCAAGCAGGGACAAGAUGGGAAGCCAGCCGGAAAGAGUUGGUGAAGGGGCUUCCCGUCUAUCCUUGUCUCCUCGCAACAGCUCCUCUCCACCCCUCUGGCAGAAUACAAAGAGCCCCAGCUCCUUGGCUUUCUGCUCCUGCCACCUGUCCACUCCCGGCUCCAAAGAACUUCCAUUCCACCUCCGCCCACUCUAUCCUGCGUACCCACUUCUGCCUCCACCUUACCUGUUCGUCUAUGGGGAACCACCUUCUAGCCAAUGCUCCCCCGUCUUCAUGCUGCCCCAAGACACCUUCUACCCCACCAGGGCUAUGCCAAGCAUGCUGAUGAGUGUCAGUGAGCCUGGGCACCACAGCGCCUGGGGGGAGACCUCGCGUCUCUACCCAGGGGCUUCCCAAGCUUCUGGCCAAACCCAACCCUCCCAGGCCUGGAAUCCAGGUUCUGGAGCUGCCAGGACCUAUUCCCCAGGGCCAGAGCAUGCUGGCAGGGCGGCUCUAGAAAAACAGGUCCCAUUGGGCUCCAGAGCGGGCACCGCAGCCCUGCCUUAUCCGCUGAAGAAAGAAAAUGGCAAAAUCCUAUACGAGUGCAAAGUGUGCAGCAAGCGCUUCGGGCAGCUCUCCAACCUCAAGGUCCAUCUGCGUGUGCACAGUGGGGAGCGCCCAUUCCAGUGUGCCCUGUGCCAUAAGCGCUUCACCCAGCUCACCCACCUGCAGAAACACCACCUGGUGCAUACUGGGGAGCGGCCCUACGGGUGCCUGAUGUGCCACAAGCGCUUCAGCAGCUCCAGCAACCUCAAGACCCACCUGCGCCUGCACUCAGGGGCCCGGCCCUUCCAGUGCAGUAUCUGCCCAAGUCGCUUCACCCAGCGCAUUCACCUGAAGCUGCACCACCGUCUGCAUGCUCCACAGCCCAGCAACCUAGCUCACACCCAUCUGCCUCUGGUGUCUCUCUCCUGCCUUACCCAGUGGCACCAAGGGGCACUAGGUCUUAUGAUAGCACCAUCAGAGGGGCAGAUGGGCUGGGAUGCAGACAAGAUCAACAUGUCCUCAGCAUUCCAGGGAAAGCAAGGACAGCCAGCCUGA